AUGACUUCCGAACAUUCUGGGGACGAACAUAGCCUCGAGAGUGAGGCUUGGGAAGGAGAGGAGGCAGGAUAUGGGGUUGCCAAUGAAGAUCAGCUUAGCGACCAACAAGCUCAAGACCCUAACUUCCCCGUUGCCCGCGCUUCCCAUGGUGAUGAAAAAGAAGAAGAAGAAGAAGGAGAAGAUGGUGCAGACGAUGGUGCAGACGAUGGAGGAGAAUAUGACCCAGAGUCCAUAUCCAUAUCCCCCGCUCAACCCUGCUCGGAGCCGUCCCAACCUGCCGCAAAGGCUGCCUCUCCAAAGCCGAAGCCUGUCAAGCCCAAGACGUCCGGGGGUUUCCUAGUGGGAGACUCGGAUGAUGAGGAUGAUGUCCCUCCGCCCAACAACUUAGCUGGGCAGGUCAUUAACGUUCCUCAAGGCCGUCCUCCUAAUGCAUCUCACUCUCCUAGUCAGGAACCAAUAGCUGCCUCCGCUACUCUAUUGAACAAUGGAGAUCAGAUCGCCUCCGCUGACCCAUCCACUUCAGUCCCUCACCAAGCGCCUCUUGUGUCUGACAGCAGGAAUCCGAGCGACCUCAUUAGUCGACUUGAGAAUCGCAUCAAGGAAGACCCCCGUGGUGACAUGGAUGCAUGGCUGGCCCUCAUUGCCGAACAUCGCCGUCUCAAUCAAACAGACGCGCUGCGCCAUGCUUACGAGCGCUUCGUCGAAGUCUUCCCACAAGCGGCCGAUAUCUGGGUACAGUGGAUCAAUCUGGAGCUGGAUUGUAUGAACACUACGGCUGCCGAAAGCCUUUUUCAGAGAUCUCUCCUCUCCGUGCCGAAUGUCCAGCUUUGGACCACGUAUAUCAAUUACAUCCGCAGAAGAAACGAUCUCACCAAGGAUUCAAAUGGCCAGGCUCGGCAAGUGAUCAACCAGUCGUACGAAUUUGUUAUCGACAAUGUUGGCGUGGAUCGGGAUUCGGGGCAGCUAUGGAAAGACUGGAUUCAGUUCAUCAAGAGCGGCCCCGGCCAAGUCGGGGGUUCUGGAUGGCAAGACCAACAGAAGAUGGACCAACUUCGAAGAGCCUACCACCGAGCCAUCACGGUGCCGAUGGGCUCUCUCACUGAAUUGUGGAAAGACUACGACCAAUUCGAACUCAGCCUAAACAAAACAACCGGUCGACAAUUCAUCCAGAAAAGAUCUCCAGGCUACAUGACGGCUAAAUCCUCCAGCCUGCAACUAGAUCGUAAGACCUCCCGGCUCCAUCGGACAACCCUGCCCCGGCUGCCCCCGGCACCUGGCUUCGCGGGAGAUCGGGAGUUCAUGGAACAGGUGGGCCUGUGGAAACAGUGGAUUCAAUGGGAGAAGGAAGAUCCACUCGUUCUCAAAGAUGAGGAGCCAGAAGCUUACAAGCAGCGCAUCCUCUACGUUUACAAACAAGCCCUGAUGGCCCUUCGAUUUUGGCCGGAGAUGUGGGUCGAUGCCGCCGAGUGGUGUUACGACAACAAUAUUUUCAAGGACGGCAGUGACCUCGGAAUGAAAUUCCUGACGGAUGGCAUUGAGGCCAACCCGGAAAGUGUCCUGCUAGCCCUGAAACACGGCGACCGCAUCGAGAUGACAUUCCCAGCAAGCGAUUCUGAAGAGAGCAAGGCAGCACGUGCUAAAGCUGUCCGUGCCCCAUAUGACCAAGUCUUGGAUACUCUGUACAAGAUGAUGCAGAAGCUCAAGGAGCGCGAGAAGAAUGAGCUUGCCCAGAUAGAACGUUUGGCAGCAGCCCAGCGCCCUGUUCCGAAUGAAGACGACAAAGACGAAGAUAAUGAAGCUGGCAUUCAUAACCUACCUCAGAGGCCGGGACAUGACGAGAGGCUUCGGGCUGUCAAGCAAGGUUUCGCGGUGCAGACAGAUCUUCUAAAGCGAACCAUUUCCUUCGUGUGGAUUGCUCUUUGCCGUGCCAUGCGAAGAACCCAGGGUAAAGGCAGCCCGACUUCUGGUCUUAGGCAAGUCUUUACCGAGGCGCGCGGCAAGGGACAGCUCACAAGCGAUGUAUAUGUGGCAGUUGCUCUGAUCGAAUCCGUUGUGUAUAAGGAUGCGGCCGGCGGGAAAAUCUUUGACCGUGGUUCAAAGUUGUUCCCUGAAGACGAAGAUUUCAUGUUGGAGUACAUUAAGUUUCUCCACUCCAAAGACGACACCACAAAUGCACGGGUUGUCUUUGAGACAUGUGUGAACCGUCUAACACAGAAGCCCGAAAAGAAGGACAGAGCAAAGCGGCUGUACAUGUACUUCCAUAAGUACGAGUCGCAAUAUGGCGAGCUUGCCUCCAUUGUCAAGUUGGAGAAGAGAAUGGCCGAGCUGUGGCCUGAUGAUCCCAAGCUCUCCCACUUCUCAAACCGCCACUCGGUGGCGAGUUUUGACCCGAUUGCGUACAGGCUCAUAGUGUCCCCUGCGAUUCAAAUGCGGCCUAACAUCAUGCCAUCCAUUGAGCAGCCGGCUUCCUCUGUUCGCAACAGCCCGCUCCCGCUUCCAGCCGCGGCCCCGGCUACCGCUCGCCAGACCGCCAGUCCUGCCCCUCCCCAUUUCGUGGUGACUGCAUCUCCAAAGCGACCUCUACCCGCCGAUGAUCAGGAGGAAUUCAACAGACCACGCAAGCUGGCGAGGGGCGAGUCCCCUCUGAAGGGCGCUGCCGGUCGGCGCCUGGACCAACAGAGGCGCAAUCACGGGGCGCCAGUCUCGCGAGACAUAACGUUCUUCUUGGGCAUCCUUCCUCCAGCACACACGUACAACUCUCAGCUUUUCAAGUCCGCAAAUAUGGUCAACUUGAUUAGAGACACGACGAUCCCCGACUACAGCACAUGGAAGGCAAAUCAAGACCCGGGGGCAAGGCAAUCCAACGUCUUGCAGUCUCGUGUGUCUGCACCUACGGCUUCGCACGGUCGUCAAGCAUCUGGUGGUGAUUACCCCCCAUACGGCACGUACCCUAGUGGCGGCCGGGAUUCCCCGAAUCCGCGGCCUCUUAGUCCUUACAACGGCAAUGUCGGACAGCGGGUUGCCUCCCAGUCAGGUUACAGAAACUCUCCUUUGCGUCCGGAAUCUGGAGCCGGCUUCGAAGGCACUUCCCCAGGAUACCGCCAAGAGGUCCCACUGUACCAACAGGCUCCUCCAGGCCAAUGGGCUUCACCUGCUUCGGGCCCUUAUGAGGGAAGUGCCGCCCCGUCCUGGGCGCCUCCACCAGCUGGCUACGGCGCACCCCCCCCUCAGCAAUAUGGCCAGUACCAGUAUUAA